AUGCUCUCCCUCCGCACACUGCCGCGGCUGAUUUGCGAUGCCGGCGUUUCAGCGCGCGGGGUAGCGAAAACGCUGUCUACCGCGUCCAGCGGCGCCAAUGUGGCACAUGAAGCCGCUAGUGCCGGGUUAUGCGCUGUAAACCGUGACUCAGGAAGUGAUGUUGCAACGACACCCCUGAAACGGACCGUGCUCAUGGAGCCGACCACCCUUUGCAGAACACUGGUGCAGGCAAGUAAGGACGGAAAGGCUGGGAAGAGGGCCUGGAAGGCUCAUAUAAAAAAGGCUCUACAAAUCAAGGACCAGCUAACCUUGAAACAAAUCGCAAUUGUAAUCCACAGCUGCACCAAUGCAAAUGUUGGCAAGGAAUACCUACGCAACCUCAUUGAUGGCCUCAAACCCGCAGUAUUGCCGCAUCUGUUACGUGCGAGACGAACGACUGAAAUUGGCCGAGUUGAGCUCUACAACAUUUACAGCAUACUGCAUGGGACAGCAACUGCAGAGUACAGCGACACGGAAAUGACCAGCGCACUAAAAGACGCUGCUGUCGCACAAUUCAGAUACUUGUAUGAUGCGGGGGAGGUUGAACCUCUAAAACCGUUCAUAUUCGAGGACAUGGCGGGGAUCAUGCAUGCGCUCAUGGUAAUGCGAGUUGCAAUGACAGACGAAGAAACGAAAUUGUGCCACGACCUCUUCAUUCAACUCUAUAACAGGAAUGAGUUUGGAACUGCAACUAUCUCCCAUAGGGCAUUUGCCAUCUGCGUGAAUACUCUGGAGCGAAUGGGGUGUCAUACGGAUAAAAUGUAUCGCGUUGCCUCAAGCUACCUCCGUGCAAACCUAGACUCCAUACAUGACAUCAAAGACAUUGCUAUGGUGUACUGUGUAGUGGCUCGUGUUUGGGCUGCGAUCAGCGCCACCGAUGGUAACUACAACGGCGUAACGCCAGGGCACACGGCAUUACGGCCUCGACCGACGGUGGGCAAAGAUGCCAUUAUAGUGAUCAAAGAAACCGGCGAUCAUGUAGAAUAUGUUAAAACGGCGGAUUUGGAGGUGCAGCAAGCAGGAAUCAUAGAUGCGAAUCAAAACGAUUUCAUGGAAGGGUGGCGCAGCAUUACUGACGUCACUGCCCUCGUUUUACACCACCUGGUUCAACCGUCUAGUUUUAUCGGCGGGAAACGUGCUGAUGCUCAAAGUGUAGCCACUGUGGCGGCUCAUUCUGCGCCCUACGUAGAAAGGGGUAACAGCGAACUCCUGCAGCGAUACGCUGCAUUCGUUGCUAUGGCGGUGGAACACGUGAUGCAGAAUACGGACGUCGACUAUGUGUCUUUGAUACAUCUUAUGAAGUGCGCCAUUAGAAUCAAUCGUCCGCAGGAUGCUGCACUCAUGAUCGCUGCAAAAAGCGUUCACUCUGUAGGAUUGUUAGGCACGCCUCAGGAAUUUGCGCAACAUAUUGCGAACCUCAAAGCGCUGCAAUCUAAUAACACUGACGACGCUUUGCACGAAUUGCUAGACUCCAUCGCCAUCUCCAACAUGCUGCAGUUCGAACGUAGGCUCGCCAUGCCUCCUGUCACCACAAAAUCGCAACCGCAGCGCAGGCGAGCGUUGCGGGACCUCAUAAAGGCUGCCACGAAUAAAGGCGCAGCGGCAGAUACGAUGUUCAUAUACAAUGAUCUCUACGGUUUUUACAAGGGUGCAGAUGCAUUCAGACACUGCGCGAAAACGAUCGCCGCCAUCGGAGGUUUCAACGGACACAAGGCGGCAGUCGACAUAGCCAAACGAAUUGUCGAAAGCAUUGAAAACCUUUGUGCGUCACAAACACAACACGCGGAUAUUGAAUCUGUGGCAGCUAUACUAACAGGUUUACACAGGUUCAGGAUGAAAAAUGAGCGCGUGCUUCAUCGUAUGGCUCUGGAGACGAUGCGGCAUCUCCAAUCCGUGCAGCACCCAUCAAUACUGGCGCAAAUACUCAUUGCCUAUGCAAAGUUGGGGUGCCCCCUAAACAGAAAUAUCGAGCGGGGGCUUAUCCGCUCACCCGGCACGAAACGCAUCACAAGGUCAAAGAAGUGGCGCAAUGCUCAGGGGCCGUUUGAAACCCUAUUUGUACGCGCUCUCAAGUGCAUGACAUCGGAAAAUUGCAUACAAGAUAUGAACGCACAGGCGACAGUCAACUGCCUAUUUGCCUUGACUCUCUCUGGGAUCGGUCACCGCGUGCCCCUAUUACUAUACAAGCUGCUGGUAUUACUUAGGGAGUUUGGAGCCGACUUCUACAAGUCCGUGGAGAUGAAAAAGCAGCUGAAAAUUGCACUGCUCGUCCUGAAGAGAAGCUGCCGCAACAACAAACGUGCAAUAUAUAACGAGGUCAAACGCAUUUACAAACACGCAUUCAGGGAGGUGUCAAACGACAUUGCAACCACCAGAUAUAGUGAGAUGGGAAGUAACAGGCGAAACCCUACAAUGUCCGGUAAGCAACAGCCCGACGUGGCGGCGACUGAUAGUUUGCAGGCCUGCAUAGAGAGGGAACCGUUCAUUAAAAACGCCGCUUAUUACAACCAGUUCCCCAACUUUGUGAAAGGAAAAUACAACUUCAAGGACCUCGACAUUGACAUUCGCUUAUUACAGAGCGAAAUUCUCGAACGUGAUGAAGUCUUAAGCUGUGUUAGCGCCAUUGGUGCGAUAGACACGUUCGUCCUCUUAGACAAGGGCGAAUUGCGCAUCGCACAGCGUUCGAAUGCAGCUCUCGACGAUGGCGCCGCACACGCCUUGCGCGCGGGUUCAGGACUUUCAAAUUUCACUUUGGCGAUGAUGCAUGACGCGUAUAACCCAGAUCCAAAGUUGAUGCAGUGGAAACAGCAGCUCGAACAGAAAGAAUUCAAAAUACUAACCAUAGAUGACCUUAUGGCCGACGGCACAACCUUCGACGUAGACAAAGAAAGAUGCCUGCUAUUAGAUGAUUUCAGCAAUCUAGUGAAAGAAAGGGGUGUUGAAUGUGCCUACGCAGAGCCGAUAGGAUGGAAGUACAUACCGACGCAAAAGCUUGUGGAUAUCAUAGUGCGCAUUGUGCCGACCGAUUGCGUAAUAAGCUGGAAGUUCCGACUGACGCCAGGUGGAAAACCUCUAAUCAUUCACAAGGCUAUAUUAAAGAUACUGGAGAUGAGUCAAAAGAGCGAUAAAGGUUGCGAUCACCGUGACCUCAAGCUACAGUACCCGAAGUUGGCACGGUGCGUAAUGCACACGCUGGACAUGCCAGAGUUCAGGUUGAGGCCGUUAAGACGUGUGCUUUCAACAACGAUGGCAAAACAUGGCAUUGGUCCAUCUCUAAAAGUGGGAGGUCCUGAAAACAAAGUAGGCGAAUUAACUGUAGACAGCGCAAAUGACGAUAAAAAGCAGUUCAUUGAAGUAUCCGGACAUGGGAGGGUCAGGUACAACGUACUUAUCAAAAUUAUGCGCUUGCUGGAGAAUACAUUGGAAGGUAAUACUCAAAAGGAGUUGGGAAUAUCUCGGGCACCCGAUGUUAAGGGCGAUCCGUUUCUGAAGCCAUUCUGGGUGCAAAUCGUUAACAUACUACUCAACGGGAAGUAUUUCAAAUUCAUACCGCUACUUGUAUUCUAUGUGGAACAUACAGACUCAUAUCACUUGUGCGCUCGCGAAAUCGAGGUCAAGCCCAUGAGCAAGCCUAACAUUUGGAAUCCGUGGAAUUCGGCAUACAUGAUGAGGACCAUAGAAGCUAUACCGCAAAUGUAUCACGGAGUGGCCUUUGCCGAUAGCCACUACUUCAAAUUUACGCAAGAACAAAUUUUGAACUUGCUGUCCAUUUACAAGCCGUUGAAGCACCUGGAUAUUCAGGGAUAUUGCAGCGGCAACAGAUGCGCAGAUAAAGAGAUGGUGAGGAAAAUAAUACAUAUUGAACCGCACAAACAAUACAUGGUCAACGUUGUCCACUAG